CGGCGGCGGCGGCGGCAUCGGUAGCCAGAACAGCAUCUUCAGCAGCAUCGGGAGCAGCGGUAGCACCAUGCUGGAUACUCAGCUGCUCAAGGUGCUCUUCGCCAUCUUCAUCCUCGUGUUCUGGACGGUGUUCUGGGUCAUACACGUCAUCAGCAUCAUUUACGGGUACCGGAAGCUCCAUCGUCGCCGCGCCCUGCCCAUGGAUGGAGAGCCCGGAGUGAUGGGCGUGAGCAUCCUGAAGCCCUUGGUUGGCACGCCCAUGGAUCCCAACCUCAUGACGAACCUCGAGACGUUUUUCACACUCAACUAUCCUAAGUUCGAGCUCCUCUUCUGCAUCCAGGAGGAGGGCGACCCAAGCAUCAUGAUCGUGCAGCAGCUUAUGAAGAAGCACCCACAUGUCGACGCUUCGUACUUCAUAGGUGGCGUGGAGGUCGGCGUCAACCCCAAAAUCAACAACAUGCAGCCCGGGUACCUCGCGGCCAAGCACGAGCUGGUGCUGGUGUCCGACUCGGGCCUCCUCAUGAAGGAGGACACGCUUACGGACAUGGUGGCUCACAUGACCCCCGACGUGGGCAUCGUGCACCAGAUGCCAUUCACUUGCGACAGGAAGGGCUGGCCUGCUAUACUGGAAAAGGUAUACUUUGGGACUAGUCAUGCAAGGAUGUAUCUUUUCCUUGGACUCUUGGACGCUUUUGGCUUGAGAGUCAACUGCUGUACCGGCAUGUCCUGCCUGAUGAGGAAGAAGGUCCUGGAUGAGGAUGGAGGCAUUAGUGCUUUUGGCGUAUACUUAGCUGAGGACUACUUCUUUGCUAAGUACAUUCAGGGCCGAGGAUGGGGCAUUCGCAUCUCUUCUCAGCCAGCAUGUCAGAAUGCUGGAACAACUCGAGUGAAGGGAUUUCUGUCGAGAUUAACAAGAUGGUGUAAAUUGCGUAUAGCUAUGGUACCACACACUUUGUUUCUUGAGCCACUCAGUGAAUGUAUGGUGCUGGGGCUUAUAGCAUCCUGGGCGGGUGCUGUUUUACUGCGUGCAGACUACCUCACUUUCUUCUUGUUCCACACACUUACAUGGUCCCUUGCUGACUGGAUUAUGCUCAAUAUAGUGCAAAAUGGGCCUCCUCCCUUCAGCAAGUUCGAAUUUGUGAUCAGCUGGUUGUUCCGAGAAAUAAGCGCUAUCUUCAUUUUUGUGCACGCCGUAUGGAACCCUGUUAUCAGCUGGCGUCACAAGUCAUUCAAGCUUCGCUGGGGUGGUAUAGCGGAGCCUGUUAACACAAAGGUUGCUGUUAUGUGAGGAAGUUGUGAUACAGGACUUUGCUUACAAUCGGCGGCUAAACUGACCAUAAUACCUUCUUAAUAUCUUUUAAAACUUUCUACGAGGAAGUUUAUAGGCAUUAGUUCAUUAGGUGCAGUAAAUGUAUGCAAGGUUUUUGUAUGAGGACAGGAGUUUAGAAAUCACCAUAUAUAUAAUAGCAGCAUCAGCAGAAGAUUGUUUACUUUGGAGCAUAUUAUAAUUGAAAUCAUUUGAUACAGAAAAGUCAUUUGCAAGAUUUAAAUCGGAGAAACUAAUUUUGCAUAGGUCAACAUUUGGACUUCUACUAACUGCCCUUAUGCUGUAACCUGAUUUUCCCAGGUGUGGUUACUAGUUUUAUUAACUAGUGUCAUUUUAUCUCCUGUUGGUCCAUAUUGUGACACUAAUGAGCUAUUGCUUAACAUUUUUGUAUGCUGAUAUUUGGCAGUGAUAUCAUGUGUGGGUACGCUUCUUACAGCGAUUGCAGGAAAAUUUGAAUUCAGAGACAUUUUCAAUAAAGUAAAAAAAAAAUAAUAAAAAAAAAAAUCAUUGUUAGGCACUUCUCAGAGGAAUAAAAUCCUUCAAGGUUAUAAAAUUGGCAUCUGUACACUGUAGAUUAUUUGAUUACAGGUGGACCAGAUAUUUUUAAGAAGCUUUCAGUCUUGUACUCCUGCAUACUAGCUUAUUAUGAAGUCUCUUUGUUGUAGAGCUCAGCUGAGUGGAAUUUUGAUCCAUGGCAAAGUUGCUUGAAUUUUGAAUUUUUAAAAAUGAAAUCCAUGUGUUUUGGGCCAUGAGAAGCAUCUCAUACUAAAUGGUUUCCAAUAGCCUCUCUGAAAGGAACAUAAAUGUUUAUGCCAUAUUCCGUCCCACAUAAAGCAGGCUGCCAUGUGUGAAGUUCGAAUAUCUGUUUUCCCCUUUACAAAAAUGGUGUAAUGGAGAGGUAGCCUUAUAUAAUUCCUCUUGCAUGGUACCCCCAAAAGUGGUUAAUGAAUGGAAGGAGAUUGAAUAGUGUGGAGAAUCUUGCUUAAAAUGCUAGUAUUCUGUUUGACUCAUUUAUAUUUAUUAUGUAUAAAUACAGUUGGUGAUUAGAGACUUCAUUCUUUAUGAUAUAUCAGUCACAGUUUACAAAGUUAUGUGUGUAAGAGUGAAAUCAUUGGAUGUACAAAAUUUAUUAGCCCACCAUAAUGAGUGAAUGACUAUUUAAGUGUUUGUGUAUUUGUGUUUGUGGAUAUAUGUCUUUUGUUUCAGAUAUGUUUAUGAUGUGGGGGGCGAAUAUGAGAGGGAGCAUUGUAAAUAUAUUGAACCAAAUCUCUUUGUAUUAAGCUGUAGAUGUCCAGAAAUUAGGAAUGCUUGAAAUAGUGCUUGCAUUCUGUGCCUUUUACAGAAGUAGCAUUCACUUGCAUUUACAUUUUGUAUAUAUGUAUUAUAUAUAAAGAAAUAACUCAUGGCAUUUUUAGUUUUUUCUAAGUGAAAGGAACCAAAGGUUUUGCUCAAGACACAAGUGAAUAGAUGUUUUUUGGUGUCCUUAGUUGUAUUAAAAUAUGCACAUGGUAGAAGAGAGUUUUCUGGAGUAACUGAUUAUUUUUGAUUUGUUGUUGUUUUAAGUAUUUGUUAUAUUGUGAACACAGCUCACUGUGCAGGUGAAUAAACAAAGAAAUUCUUGAAGGAGUCAUUAUCAUUGUGAGAUAUAUGUUCAUAAUACAUUUUAAAAAAUUGGUAUGAAUGUAGAAACUGAACUUAUAAAUUGUUACAGAGGAAGAAUUAGACAGAAAUAUGGUAUAUAUAAUAUGAUGGCUUGUCACCUGGAAUAAAAAAAAAAUAUUGACACAGAACAAAAUAUUUAAAUUUGCUAACUUUACCGAAUAAAUCUGAUAACUUUAACUCCUUUGUCCUUUUCUGAUGUGAUCAUAGUUGUUAAGGGAAAUUUAAAAGAACUCAGAUGGUAUUAAUAUAACUAUUUGUACAAAGCUAAUGUAAGUGCUAUCCAAAGAUCAGUCAGUAAUAAGACAUUUUUUUAUUCUACAUUUUAGCAGAUGAAAGUCACUAUCAUUUUUUUAGGCAUUAUUUCUCGCAAAAUUUGUGUAUAUGUUCAGAUAUGUUUGAAAUGUACUCAUAUUCAGAAUCCUACAGGUUUAAACCUUUGAGUGUUGAACACUGGAGAUAUGUUUGUUUGUAAGCAAGUUGUAUCAGUAGAUUAUGUUAGCUGGUUAAUUAAAAGUGUUUUUUAUA